AUGUCAGAGGUUAAUGGAUUUAAUUACAUCCUAAAUAAUAAUGUCAAUUCGUCGCCAAAUAUACCACAAAAAAGAUCGAAGCUUGGCCUAUAUCUCAUUGGAAUAACAGGAGGUAUUGGAAUAGCUAUUAGUGUGAUAUGUAUCCCAUUUGUGAGUCCCGCAUUUCGCAAAAUAUGUUUACCUUAUGUACCAGCAACAACACAACAGGUACAAAAUGUAUUGCAUGCUUUAGAAGGACGUUCUGGAUCUUUGAUUGACCUUGGAAGUGGAGAUGGACGUAUAGUGUUUGCAACAGCAAAAGCAGGAUUUAAAGCUCAUGGUAUUGAAUUAAAUCCUUGGUUAGUAUGGUAUUCUAGAUUAAAAGCUUUAAUUUCAAGAUCAUCAUCACAAACUACAUUCAUUAAACAAAAUUUAUGGAAACAUAAUUUAAGGAAUUAUAAUAACAUAGUUUUAUUUGGUGUUGAUCAAAUGAUGCAAGAUGUUGAAACAAAGUUUAUAAAUGAAUUACAAAAAGAUUCUGUUAUAAUUGCGUGUAGGUUUCCACUUCCUUCUAUGAAAAUCAAUUUGCUCAUUUUACAUUCAUACUAG